AGAUCGGAGAACUGUAAACGUUUGCCUUUGGGGAAACGCAGUUAUUUUUAUUGUUCAGUAUAACGAAUUUGUGAUGCAAAAAGUGAGAAAAUAACAAUUAAAGUGCUGUUUGUGUGGUAUGUUGAAAAGUUGGAUAAGUAAAAAAAAUGUUUACUACAAAAUUAGAAGUGGACAAACACGUAGAAAAUAAUAUAAAGAAAAUCAACAACGAGCGAGAGCGAAAUCUAAGGGGUUAUGCCUUUGCAAAGUUGUACUAUAAAGUUGGUGAUUAUGAGAGUGCUCGUCGUUUUGUAUCUGCUUACUUGCAUGUAAAACCUUCUGCCGAAGCUUACAAUUUGUUAGGAAAAACUUUAGAAAAGCAGGAAAAAUAUGAUUCAGCACUUGAGGCUUAUCGCAGAAGCUUUGAAUUAGACUCCAAACAAAAUAAUCUUCUUAUUAAAAUUUGUGAAUUAUUGGCUCUGGAAAACACCAAUUUUGAUUUAACUGGAGCCCGUUACUACUGUGAAAAAGCCCAAAAAAUAGAUCCCAAAAACCCAGUAUUAUACAGUUUGAAAGAAAAAAUUAUUAAACUUGAAAGUGACAAUCCUAAUGAUAUUACUCAACUAUACCUUAACGAGUUGGAAAUGCAACCAAACAAUAUCAACAGCAGAAUCAAACUGUUACGUCAUCUUUUGGAAUAUGAUAAAAUUGAUGAGGCCUAUAAGCAUGUUUAUGAAUUAGAACAACAAAACCUUCCUGUUUUUGCAAACAGCCUUUCUUGGUAUGAAGUUUCCACUGAAGUUCUAUUAAGAUAUCAAAGUAAUAAUCUGGUGAAUAGUAAUUUAACAUGGGAAUUUUGGUUGCUUCUUCUAACCAUUUUGGAUAAAUUUUCUGCCCUAAGUUUAGAUGAAUAUUUUACAUCAACGAAGAGCAGUACAGAUUAUGUAACAUGUGUUUAUAAUUUUGACCAAACCCUAUUUCUUGCUGAAGAAAAACUUAUCAAGGAUUGUCCAGAAAGACCACUUAUUCAGGAGUUCAUUAACCAUUACAAAGGCCAAUUAGCUUUGUAUUUAACAACUUUGCUAUUCAAACAAGCUAAGAAAGAUCUAAUAAGUUAUAAAGAGGCAUCUCAAAUAACUUUACCUUUACUGUUUGUGGCUUUUCACACUGAACCUCCAGAUCUUGAAAGUAUCUGGCUGAGCCAUGCUGAUGAUAAAUACAAGCGCUUGAUGAAAAGAUGGCAUGUUGAGGCCUCUUACAGAUGCUCUCAAGCAGGUCAUAUCCUUACAUCUGCUGCUAAAAACAAGAAGCACUUGGUAAUUGAGAAAACACAGCAGUUAUGUUCUGGACUUUGGCGACCCCAAAUUUUCAAAAAAAUUUUUGUUACAAGAGACCAACAAGCAAAAAUCAAAAGUAGCUUUUUUGUAAACAGCUCUUCACUAACUGAUUUUCCAAUAACUCUUUCUAAUAAGAAUAAUAUUUUGAAAUUUGAUCAAGUAGGGCAACUGCUUUAUCCAAAUUCAUUGCACCAUCUUAUUUGGAUUGGACUAAAUACUAUACUACCAUCUUUUGAUUGUUCAGUUUUUGAUGGGUUGCCUUAUUCUGUUAAACACUUAGAAAAUUCAUCAGCAGAAUCUCUGAGCUUGUUGGAUAUUCAGGCAUUUUUUUAUUGUGCAGUUUUUUGUGCAGAAGCGCAAAUCGAAGAAUCCAAAAGAAAUAUCUUACUCCAUAAAGACAAACCAGAAGUUCUUCCUGCUUCUAUUACUAAUGCUUUGGGAACUGUUAAUCAACAUAAAUGGUUCACAAUUGCUUACCAGAUGUAUAAAAAGGAACUAUCUCAUAAUUUAGUAGAAAUAAGGACAACGUUAAUAAGAGGAUUAGAGGUGGUUCGUUGUAUUGGAAACCAUGGCCUCAGUGCCAAUUUGUUAAUAAAACUCGCCAGGGUGUUUGUCGAAAGAGCGAAGAAUUGCACUAAACAUUCCGAAAUAGAGGCUAAUAAUGCGCAUGCUGAGCUUUAUUGGAAAACGGCGAUAACUAUUUUAGAAAAGUUACGAAAUAAACGUGCCGUAACGUAUACAAAAGAUACGCUUUUUGAUUGUAAAUCGAGAGCCAUGACUUACGACGAAAUAGUUUCCACCAUAGAUGAGGGUAAACUGUUCUUAGCGACAAGACUGAUUAGUUUGAAAGAUUAUGAAAAAGCGCUAAAUAUUUUAGAAAAUAUUAAAGAUCCGUAUGCUAGUUUUUAUCAAGGCCAAAUAUACUUCAAAAUGGCAGAAGAACAGAUAGGCCAAAAUAGACAAAAUUUAACCUCUGAAAUGCGCAAUCAAUAUAUCAUACUUCUAACCCGAACCAGGGAUAGUUAUUAUUUAACUUUAGAUAGACUUAGAGAUCCAUCAGCAGAUCAUAAACAUCCAUUAAAUGCCCAGUUGGGAGACGAAAUAGAGAAGGUAGAAAAACUUAUAUCCAAAUUCGAUACCGACAUAAACGGUUUUAAAAAUGAUGGAGAAAGUUUACUCGAAGACAACUUUUCUUUCUUUGCUAGUACAGGGGAUAACCCUAAUAUCCACACGAUACAUACCUUACCAAAUUCCAGUUUCAAUGGUCACGUUACGCCUAAAAGGGAUAGCAGUCGCAGCGUAUAUCUGACUCCCAAAUUGGAGGGCUCAUUUCGCCACGAAGCUCGACCGAGUCCCGAACGUUUGGAUGCACAGUUGCGACAAUUGCAAACCGUACGCGAUAGUGCUUUUACGCAAAUUCUGGAACAGAAUCGAGUCAUGGUCGAGUCUUUGAAAGACGUAAUUAAAACUACUGUUGAGGAAUUAAAGUCUGUAAAGACUUCUGUAGAGGAACUUAAAGAUAUUAAAAAGUCCCUAAACGAGUUGAAAAAUUCUGUCGAUGAUCUUCAAAACUUUAGAGAUGUUACAGAUAUGGUACAAGAGAUGAAAAAGGAAAUUGCAGAAUUAAAGAGUGGUUCAAAUAAACCAAAACACAAUCAGUUAAACGAUGAAGACUUGUAUGUGCUGGACGAAGAGUUUGGCGGAGAUUAUAAUAUUAAUGCUAAUUUAGGAAAUUUGAAUCAAGGCCUUUACUCGAAUUACCAGAAUAGAGUUCAACCUGCCAAUGCUUUGCCGUAUGCUUUAUACGCUGGCAUGUACCCACCCUUGUAUCCAUUUCCGGGUCUUGGUUUACCUCAAGCAGGUGCACUACCGUUUGGUCAAGAUGCCCAGGUUCCCGAUUUUCGAGGAUUAACUCAAACUCUGGGUCAAACUUUAUACGGACAACAAUCCUUAGGUCAAACCAGUUUAAACCAAACUUUGCCUGGUCAACCCCUCAAUGCUCAAACAUUAACACAUCCAUUAUCUUCACAUACACUUGGUCAGUUGGGCCAGACACUCAAUGCCCAAACCAUAGGUCAGAUUGGACAAACUUUAAACACUCAUGGUACAAGCCAGUUGAGUCAAGCUCUCAGCUCUCAAACUUUAUCUCAACAGUCACCAUUCGCGCACUUGAACCUAGGGCAGCAAACUUUGGGUCAGUCCACUAAUUUAACUCAAUCAACUGGACUCGCUGGAGCUCCGUUACUACAAUCGAAUUUAUUUAAAGACAAGUUGGACACGGGUUUAGCUAUCACUUCAAUGCCUACCACAUCUCUGCAAUCUUCUUAUACUCCAUCUUCUGUGGCAUCAAGUAAAGCUCCACCGAUAAACGUUGUUAUUACCUCUUCAGAUCCGCUACCAAAAACUACUGCGCAAGCUCCUCAAAUAUUAUCUGUAACCAUUCCUCCGCAACACCUGAAGGGCAAUCUACCCCCCAAAUCGCAGCCACACGGUUAUCAAAUACCAGUUACUACUUCCGCUCUACAGACAAUGUUCAGUGCGCCCUCUGUGCUACAUUCAGUCAUUUCCAGCACAUCGUCUCAAUCGUUGUCUUCUGCGGCCAUUGCUUCCGAUAAAAUUACUACACAAACUUCGUCUAAUAAACAAGUUCUUGAGAAAAGCAACUUGAGUAAUGCCAGUGUCGGAUCUGCAGAAGAGCAUGAUCCAUGUCCCGAUUUUAAACCGAUCAUUGAUCUACCAGACGAAGUACCUUUAAAUACUGGAGAAGAAAAUGAAGAAGAACUCUUCUGUCACAGAGCUAAACUGUUUAGGUACGAUAAUAAAGAAUGGAAAGAAAGAGGUAUUGGUAAAUUGAAGAUUCUGAAGAAUAAAACUACUGGUAAAAUUAGAGUGUUGAUGAGACGUGAACAAGUCCUUAAAAUUUGUGCCAACCACUUUAUUACAAAAGACAUGAUACUUACACCAAUGCCUAAAAGCGAUCGUGCGUAUAUGUGGGUAGCAAACGAUUUUGCAGAUGAAAAAGUGGUGUUAGAAAAAUUGUGUGUACGAUUUAAAACAGCUGAAGAAGCAGAAAAAUUUGCUGAAACGUUCGAGAAAGCCAAGAAAGAUAUUAAUAAUGCUUUUGCAGAUAAAUUGGAGAUUACUAAUAAAAUAGAAACUACUACCAAAAGCAGUAUUUCCACUCCUCAACCUCAAUCAGCUGGUUUCGGAGGAUUUGUUUUUACAAGUACCCCUACUUUUAAACUUAAGGAAAAUGUCACUGUUACACCUAUACCUACUACUCAACAUGAAUCGCCCAAAACAAGUCCAUUUGCAUCUUUUUCAUUUACAAAACCUACCACCUCUGAAACUGUUGCAGUUCCUUUAAGUUUUGUUUCUUCACCCUUAACAGCAGCAACAGAAAACCCUCAGAAUAAAUCAGACAAAUCAGCUGUUGAUGAUUCUCAACCGGAUGACGACUUUAAGCCGACUGUCGAAUUUAAGCCAGUUGUUCCUUUGCCAGACCUUGUCGAAAUUAAAACUGGUGAAGAAGGUUCUGAAAUAUUAUUCCAAAGCAGAGCUAAAUUGCUUCGUUUUGAUCCUGAAACAAAAGAGUGGAAAGAGAGGGGAAUAGGAGAUAUAAAAAUACUCAAAGAUAAAACUAUACGACUAGUAAUGCGGCGAGAACAAGUGCAUAAAGUUUGCUGUAAUCAUCAAUUGUUUAAGACCACCGAUUUUACUAAGAUGGGUGCUAAAGCAUUUUCAUGGUGCGCUCAAGACUUUUCUGAGGGUGUUCUUAAACCUGAAAUGUUUGCCAUUAGGUUCAAGUCAGAAGAGCAAGCGGACAAUUUCUUCAAAGCUGUUCAAUCAGCUCAGCAAUUAUUAAAUAAUAAAAACGUUGUAGAGGAAAAUAAAGAAACGGAAAAUACAAGCACCUCAAGAGAUGACAAAAAAAUCAAAUCUACCCCUCCUGAACCUAGUCCUAAACCCUCCGAACCUGCCAAACAAGGAUGGGGUGAUAAAUUCAAACCUAAAAGCGGCAGUUGGGAAUGUAAAAAUUGUUACAUUAUAAAUGACAUUAAAGAUACUCAUUGUGUAGCUUGUGAAACUGCAAAGUCGGGGACAACUCCUAAAAAGAGCGAUUCUGGAGAAUCUGGUCCACAAUUUUCUUUUGGAUUGUCUUCAGCAAAUGGUGGAUUUUCAUUUGGCCAAAAGGCUCCUCCAGCUGCAGCAAUUUCUUCGCCUUCCCUUUUCGGCCCCCAAAUUACAUCAUCUCCUGCUACCUCUACCAGCACAACUGUACAGGCAACGUCUGGUUGGGGUGAUGCAUUCAAACCUAAAGAAGGUUCAUGGAACUGCACUGAUUGCUUAAUUAGAAACGACCCUGAUAAACUGUACUGUGUUGCAUGUGAAGCCCCAAAAGAUAAUUCUGUUCCCAGAAAAGAAGUUAGUAAAGGUGUUAAUUUAGACACACCAGGGGUGAAAUUUACUUUUGGUUGUUCCCCUUCAAUUGCCACUGUUACUUCUACCACAGCUUCUAAUAUAUUUUCGGCUGUUACAACCAGUACGCCCGGAAGUACGUUUACUUUUGGGGUUCCUUCCUCUACCUCAGUUACAAAUACAUUUGGAUUAAAUUCAUUUUCUUUUGGGAUAGCGAAUGAUCUUAAACCAGUCACGGAAACGAGCAUCUCCACUCCAAAUUCAACAUCCUUUAAUUUCACAUUAACCAAACCUGCCAAGGCUACUACUAAAGAACACGAAGAAAGUAAAGAAAACUUUGUCUUUGGUUCGCCACAAAAAUAUACUUUUGAGUUUACUCCAAGAUCGCCUCGUAGGCAAAGUUCUGGACCAGGAGAAGAAGAAUCUGAUGGUUAUGUAGAAGACGAGGGUGAUCAGAUCUACUUCAAACCAGUCAUACCAUUGCCUGAUAAAAUUGAAGUUAAAACGGGCGAAGAAGAAGAAGAUGUUUUGUAUUGUCAUCGUGCAAAACUUUUCAGAUUUGUUGACGGCGAGUGGAAAGAACGUGGUGUUGGUGAUUUGAAAAUCCUUUACCAGCAAAAAAAUGGAAAAUUAAGGGUACUAAUGAGAAGGGAUCAAGUGCUAAAGAUCUGCUUAAAUCACUGGUUAACACCCGCAGUUGAAUAUCUCCCAAAAGACGACAAAACCUGGCUAUUUUCAGCACCAGAUUUUUCUGAAGGGGAGAUAAACCAGUGGCAGUUUUGCUUAAGAUUUAAAAAUGCAGAGGUGGCUAAUGAAUUUAAGAAAGCUGUGGCAGAUGCUCUAGACAAAAUCAAGGGUGAUCCAAAAGCUAAAAGUGUGUCCGAUUUUAACGUGAAAGAAAAAGUGGUAGUUGAAGAACCGAAUUCCUCCUUAGUUUUAAGCAAAGAUUCGGAUGUGGAGUUUGUAUCAGAGACCAUUGUUACUCCAGAAGAAGAAAAAGAGGCGCUCCGUUUGGGUUUGCCUCCAAAAUUCAUGUCUUACAGACAGUUGCCGGAUUGUACUUGUGACAUAUGUAAAAGAGAAGACGAAUUACUAGGAUCACCUUUUCAAACCGACUUAGUUAAGUCAACAACUAGUGCAGCAGAAAUAAAAUCAAAGACUAAAGAAAUCCUAACGGCUCCCAAGUUCGUCUUUGGUACACCCACUGCUGCUACAACUACCGUUUCUACCACUUUUUCCUUCGGAGCAGCUAGUAAUACAACGAGCAAUCUAACAAAAUCGUCGGAGCCAUUAAAAACUAUUCUUUCAAAGCCAUCAGUAUUAGAAAAUGUAGCGAAUAAGAAAGAAGAGGCUUUAUUUGAAUUUUCAAGUGCAGCAAAGAAGGAAACGUCCCCUUUGAGUACGUUUACAUUUUCUUUGAAACCUUCGACGAAUUUUGGAUCUAAGCAAUCGGACCUUAAGACUGAGGAUGCCAAUGGUUCGUCAUUUUUUUUCGACACAACACCUACCAACAGUUUUAGUACCGGAAAUCUAUUUAGUUUACCAUCAACGACUGCCACUUCUACCAUUUUCGGAUCACCGAGUGCUCUUUUAGCAAAACCUAGCGAUUCAAACACUGUUUUUGGAGGAAGCAAAACCGAAAAACCGUUCGCAAAUGUAUUUGGUGGUGGAUCAAAUACAUCCAUUUUCACUACUGCAUCCUCCUUAAAUACUUCCCCAGAAGUUAGUAAUCAUAUUUUUGGUUCAGCAGCCGUUUCAAAGUCUCAAGAAAAAACGGAUUCGGUUACAAAUCUUCCAGAAUCGAAUAAGUUGUUGAAUACUUGUGGAUCUGAAAAAAGUGGUAGUGAACCUGAAUUUCUUAAAGUCGACCCUGGCCUAAGUUUUGCUAGUUUGGCUGCAUCUUCGCAAUCUACUGAACCAAAAUCGACUGAAAAGGAUAAAGAACAGCAACCUUUUACAUUCUUAGGCGCUGGAGCUCCUGUGUUUUCAUCGUUAUCAAAGAAAGAUCCUGAAAGAGCAGACCCAGAUAAAAACAAGACUGAUGAAGAAGCCGAAUCAGUUGGAACUGGAACUAAUGUCGAUGAAGAAUACGACCCACAUUAUGAACCCGUAGUUCCUUUACCAGACCAAAUAGUCGUUACUACAGGCGAAGAGGAAGAAACUGUAAAAUUUAGUGAAAGAGCAAAAUUAUAUCGGUUUGACGCCAACACAAAAGAAUGGAAAGAAAGAGGCGUAGGGAAUAUUAAAAUACUCUAUCAUCCAGAAAAAGGCACAUACCGUUUACUUUUACGUCGUGAGCAAGUACAUAAAGUCGUAUUAAAUAUGUUAAUUACACCAACGCUCGAUCUUCAACCAUUAAGUACGUCGGACAAAGCUUGGAUGUGGUUCGGUAUGAAUUACACUGAAGAUACCAAUCAGCUUGAAAAAUUGGCUGUCCGUUUCAAGUAUAUAGAACAGGCUGCACUGUUUAGCAACGCGAUUUCUGACGCAAUUGCCUCCAUUAAGGUCCAGCAACAGGUUAACAAUACUGUUCCAUCAUUCGUUCAAAAUUUCGGUCAAAGUUCAGCGCAAAAAUCAGUCGACGAUGAGGAAGAUGAAGAUGCUGAAGACGAAGACUGCGACGUAGAAGACGAAGAAGAAGAAGAUGAUGAUGAUGAUGACGAUGACGAUGACGACGAACGGUCAACGAUGUUCAAAAAGCGCUGCACUUUAAGUGAAGAAUUACAAUCAGGAGAGUGGAAGGACGCUGGUACGGGAGAGUUGGAAAUUUAUUACGACUCAGAAAUUUAUGGAGCUAGAAUAAAUAUGACUGAUGACUCUGGAGAGCUAAUUUGCAGUACAAUCAUUGCCCAAAACACACCAGUCGAGCAAGAAGGUAAAGAAUGCACCUGGAAGGCAGUAGAAUGGUCUACAGCAAUCCCUUAUCGGCGACAUUUGAAGGCAACAUUUAGUAAUGAAACAGCUGCUGAUGAAUUUCAUAUGACUUACUUGGAGGGGGUGCAAUAUGCACAUGCAACUGAUAUAUGUGACGAUGUUUAUUUAGAACAUUUAGAAAACAACGAGAACUAAAAGUAAGUAUUCUUUUUAUACCAAAAAAUUACUGAAGGUUGUAGCGAACGGUCAUUGUCUUUAGAGGUUUCAUAGUUUUUACUUUUGGAAGCAGUUUAUCUUCGGGGUAGCUAAUUUGGUUAAGAUUAAAGAAUCGUGGUUUUAUAAAUGAAUCAAAAAAUAAAGCA